CGCCUGCGCAGGGCGUCGCCGUCGCCUCUCCUUCCUUCCCGAACUUCUCCGGCGCGUAACUGAAUGGGCUUCAGGGACGACGGCAGCCGCGAGGACUUGGCGAUUACUCGGUGUCUUGAGCACAGGUGACACGUCCUCCCUCGACCAGAAACCCUCCGCCUGGGCCCGCGCGGGAGGAGCGGGUCCUCUGAGGGGAGCGGCGACCCGCCGGCCCCGGUCUCUUUCCCUGGCGGCAGCGGCGGUGGCGGCUUCUCCCGUGGGACAAUAUGUUCAAGAGAAUGGCCGAAUUUGGGCCUGACUCCGGCGGGAGAGUGAAGGGAGUUACUAUUGUUAAACCAAUAGUUUAUGGUAAUGUUGCUCGAUACUUUGGAAAGAAAAGAGAGGAAGAUGGACACACCCAUCAGUGGACAGUAUAUGUAAAACCAUAUAGAAAUGAGGAUAUGUCAGCAUAUGUGAAGAAAAUCCAGUUUAAAUUACAUGAAAGCUAUGGCAAUCCUUUAAGAGUUGUUACUAAGCCUCCAUAUGAAAUUACUGAAACGGGAUGGGGUGAAUUUGAAAUAAUCAUCAAAAUAUUUUUCAUUGACCCUAAUGAACGACCUGUAACCCUGUAUCAUUUAUUAAAGCUGUUUCAAUCAGACACCAAUGCAAUGCUGGGAAAAAAGACAGUGGUUUCAGAGUUUUAUGAUGAAAUGAUAUUUCAAGACCCAACAGCAAUGAUGCAACAAUUACUAACAACAUCUCGUCAGCUUACGUUAGGUGCCUAUAAGCAUGAAACAGAAUUUGCAGAACUUGAAGUGAAAACCAGAGAAAAAUUAGAAGCUGCCAAGAAAAAAACCAGCUUUGAAAUUGCAGAGCUUAAAGAGAGACUAAAAGCAAGUCGUGAAACUAUAAAUUGUUUAAAAAAUGAAAUUAGGAAACUCGAAGAAGAUGAUCAGACAAAAGAGAUAUGAACAGUUCCUAAGAGAACUUGGUAAUAAGCUAGACUGAAAAAGAGUGGGCGUUAAUGGGGAAAUGGACUUAAUGCAAAUACUAUUAUGUUUCUUAGGGGAACUGUGUAUAUAAAUGUUGACCGUGGAUGUCUCAGCAAUGAGUCAAAGUAUUUGUCCUGUUCAUGUACUCUUUAAUGUGAAACAUAUGUGUGUAACAUGAAUGGAUGCUGUAUAGGCAUUUUACCAACCCAUUUUGGGGUAAUCCUAUGAUAUUAAGCACAAUUUGGGGGAAAAUUUUUUUUUAUUGCAUUGUAUUUGUAGCUUAUCCUUUUGACAGACAUCAAAAUUUUAUUUUAAGUAUAACUUGUACAACUUUUGUACUUCUUCAGCAGUUAAAAUUAGUGCUAAAAUUAAUGUGUAUAUUUCUUCAAGUUCUUAUUUGCCCCUUUCCUGCUUGUUUUGCAUAUGAUCUGCCCAGUAAGUGCCCAAUAAAUGUAGUUUAUGAAUCCUGUGUCUGCCUCAUGAUGUUUCCCUUCCUCUUUGAAGACCUCCUGAAGCUCCCGUAUUACAAUUAAUGUAUCUCCGUAGUAUUGUGACCACACAUCUGUUACUGACACUCAUUGUAGAAUACAGAAGCUAUUUGGUGGCAAAGAUCAUAUCUUAGGAAUUGUUCUGAUUAACUGCUACAGAGCCCUUAUUCUUCAUAUAGAAAAAGAUUCAAUCCCUCAUGAAUGUUCUAGAGACACUGAGCAAGUAGCUGUGUAUCUGCUUCACUCACCUCCCCUAAUGUCUCUACCUUCUCCUUGGCCUCUCCUAAUCACAUCCACAUAGUGAGCCCUCUUCUUUUGGACUCAUCUAGUUUGAUGUUCAGUAAUACUUAAUUUUUAAGGGCAUGUUAACUGAACCAUCUUUGUCAACCUAGAAACAAUAAUAGGUUGAAAAAUAUGUAAACAUGUAGCAUUAGUGUAAAUUACACAACUCCUGUAAAGUGGCAACUAUGCCUAAUGCAGGGAUUCUGUAUUCCCAGUAUAGUGGAAACUGGCCACUCCAGCAAUUUAUAAUACUUUUUAUCUUAUCUGCCCUGGUUGAUUGGUUACUUUUUACUUGGUUGCUAUUUUUAUUUUUUUAAGUUGUGGCAUUAGUAAACAUGGAAGGUCGAGCAAAGUUCUCUGGUCUGAAAUUUCUGUCAGGGGCCCUCUGGUGGAGUGGCCUUCUAGCUGUGCCAGGCAUCAUCCAGCUUUCCUCCAUGUCUUAGCUCAGUGCCAUCCAGGCCUAUUAGGAUGAGGUUCCCCACAGUAUAAGGUGGGAUCUGGGGAUUGGCCAGAAAAAAAAUGCUGAUUGGGGGAAAAAGUCCUGUUCAUUUGAGGAGCCCUGACAUGAGAGAUCAUUCCUCCAUUCUUUUAGUCAGAUUAGACCCCAAAAAUGCUUUGGCUUAUAAAACUGAAGUCCAUGGAGGUAAGUCUGGCUUUAUGCAUGGAUGGAUACAAGGAUUUCAAAUACGCUAUCAUGGCUUAAUCUUUCUCUGUCAGCUCUUAUUUCUUUUGUUAGCUUUAAUCUUGGUAGGAUCUCCCCAUCAUGUUGCAAACAAGGUCCAUGGUAAUCCUGUGAUUGCUUGGACCUCACAACCAGCGAUCAGAAAAUAAUGUUAUAUCCUAUGGGGCAGUUCUAUUCUGUCCUAUAGGGUCACUAUGAGUUGGAACCGACUUGAUGGCACCUAACAACAAAACAGCAAUCUCCUUCUAUCUCAGGGACUACAGUUGUCCCUCUUUGGGUCAAGUUUUUACCCCAGGCAUAUCACUCUGUCCUGGAAGAUGAGGUACUCUGUUUGGCCAGCCCAGAUCAUCGGAAAGGAGUCUACAUGAAUAAUGGCAUUUAAACACAAUAUUUAGACAACUGAGUAGAAUCAUUUCCAUGGUUGCAUCCAGUUCCUAAUUGAAUAUUUGAAGAACAAACCUUAAUAUCCAAUUUUACAAUUCCUGUGUAUUGUCUGUUUUUUACUGUCUAUUACUGUGAAAAUAUCUUAGGAUUUAAAAUUAAUACAAUGUAAAAUAAUAGUCUUAUUUAAAGCUGAAUUAAUCUUCCUCAUUUUACAGAUAAGAAAACUGAGGUAGAAAAAUGUAAAUGACCUGUCCAAGUAAAGAGUGGAACUAGAAUUAAGUCUCCUAAUUUGAAGUCCAGUGUACUUUUUAUUACGUUGUAUCCUAUAACCUCCUUAGGAAACCCUGGUGGUGUAGUGGUUAAGAGCUAUAGCUUCUAGCCAAAAGGUCAGCAGUUUGAAUCUACCAGGCCUUCCUUGGAAACUCUAUGGGGUAGUUCUACUCUGACAUAUAGGGUCACUAUGAGUUGGAAUUGACUAGAUGGCAAUGGAUUCGUUUUUUGUUUUUUUUUUUUAAUAACCUCCAUAAGGAGCCCUGGUGGUGCAAUAGUUGAGUGCUUGGCUGCUAACCAAAAGAUUGGGUGUGUGAACCCACCUGUCAGAUCUGCAGGAGAAAGACCGGCUUUCUGCUCCUGGAACGAUUACAGCCUAGAAACCCCUAUGAGGCAGUUCUACUCUGUUACGCCGGUGACUGGCCGGCACCACCAACAACAAUAUACCCUCCUUUAGUAUUGUAUAUAAAUUGCAAUCACUGUAAUUUCUAAGUAAUGAAAGGUUAUAUCCUUAUCUAAAUGGUUUUGGGGAAGUGUGAUAAGAUAGACUCCCAGGUAUUUCCCCUACCCCCCAAUUUAUGGUCUUACUUUAACUAAAGUAGAAGGCCAAAUUUUUCCCUACUCUUUUCCAUGACUUUUAAAGUAAGACUUAAGCUUUUUUUCUGGUUUGUUUUCUAAACUUACAUGUGUAAUGACAUUGCAAAAUUUUUACUCCUGUUAUAAAAUAUAAAAAAAAUAUAGCCAUAGAAAAAUAUUUAAAUGGCACACUAUCAUGAAAGUAAAAAGACAACCCACAGAAUGGGAGAAAAUAUUUGCUAAUCGUGUAUCUGAAAAAGGUCUAGUACCUAGCAUAUGGAAAGAACUUACAACUAAACAAUAAAAAGACAACCCAAUUAAAAAUUGGGCAAAUUAUUUGAAUAGAUUUUUCUCUAAAGUGGAUGUAGAAAUGGUCAACAAGCACAUGAAAAGAGGUCCAACAUCAUUAGUCACUAGGGAAAUGCAAGUUAAAAUGACAAUGAGAUUACCACUUCACACCCAUUAGGAUAGCUAUAACUAAAAAACAAAACAACAAUGUUUUUUAGUUAUAGCUAAAUGGAAAAAAUAGGAACUCUGUCAUACGUGGCUGAGUGAGAAUGUAAAAUGGUGUAGCCACUGCAGAAGAGGUUGGCAGUUCCUCAAAAAUUUGGAAGUUCCUCAUAUAGUUACCAUAUGACCCAGAAUUCCACUCCUAGGAUAGACCCAAGAGAAUUAAAAUGUAUGUCCGCACAGAAACUUGGAAAUACAAACGUUCAUAGCAGCACUAUUCACAAUAGCCAAAAAGUAGAUACAAGCCAAAUAUCUGUCAACUGAUGAAUGGAUAAACAAAAUGUGACAUAUCCAUACAAUAGUUCAGUCACAAAAAUGAAGUACAGCAUGGAUGAAUUUUCAAAACAUUAUGAUAAGUGAAAGAAGCCAGACAAAAAAAGUUACAUAUCGUAUGAUUCUAUUUUAUGAAAUGUCCGGAACUGGCUAGGCAAAUCCCUAGGGACAGAAAGAUUUAAAAUAGCCAGGGGAUACAAGGAGGAGGGAAUUGAUGGGAGUGGAGCUUUGUUUUUUGAGAAUGAUGGAAAUGUUCUGGAAUUAGCGAUAGUUGCAAAAUCUAGUGAAUAUACUAAACACCACUGAAUUGUACACUUUAAAGUGGCUGAAAUUGUGAAUUUUACCUCAAUAAAAAUAUACUUUUUUAAUUAAGUGGCAUGUUUUGUUUAAAAUUAUAAAAAUCUUUGAACUAUUGUGCAAGUGUUGAUUUCUGUUUCCCUGUUCUACAAAUAGAAGAGAAUCUUUUAUACCAAGGAAUAAUUCCUUAAUCGAGAUAAGGACUAAGAACAAUUAGAGGAAACUCAACUAAUUAGGCAGCUCCUUUAUUCAAAGAUCAAAGCAUAGGUCUGUUUUUCUAACCAAUGUGGUAGAUGGUUAGUGCAGUUAUCCAUUGUGAUGGUUAAGGUUGUAUAUCAACUUGGCUGGGCAGUGAUUCUCAGUGGUUUGGCAGUUAUGUAAUGAUGUAGUUUGGCAGUUAUGUAAUGAUGUAGUCAUCCUCCAUGAUGUGAUCUGAUGUGAUCAGCCAAUCAGUUGUAAGGGGAGUUUCCUCAAGGGUGUGGCCUGCAUCCAAUAUAUUUAUGGACAUUCUGGCAAAGCUUGCUUGCUUGCUCUGGAUCCUGCAUCCAGCUCAAUUGAUUCUCAAGUCUCACUAGUCUUAAAAGGGCUGAUGACUCUUCUUCCAAUAGUAAAGGGGGUGCUGCUAAUCCAUGGUGUGAUCUGACCUCUGGUUCUUGGGGCUUGAGACAGCCAAUCUCGGGAUACAUUAACCCCUGCAGCCUAUGAGCCAGCAGCGUGCCCUUGUAUCAGCUGGUCUUGGAUUUGUCAGCCUCUGCAGCUACAUGAGUCAGGAGAAGCCUCCAGCCUGAUGCCUGACCUAUGGACUUGGGACUUGCCAGCCUCUACAAGUGCUGUGCAAUGGCUGGGAUGUUGUGGAGACCUACUUAGUCACAGUCUCUCCCCUAUUACUGUAAACAGGUGAAGGACCACAGACUUGGGGGCAACCACAUCAAUUGGCACCGCAUAGUACAUAAAGAGAAAGUUCUGAAUCCUAAUUUGGCUAGUAGGCUGGAAGUCCAAAUUCAGGAUGUUAGCUCCAGAGGAAGGCUUUCUCUCUGUCAGCUCUGGAGGAAGAUCCUUGUCAUCAAUCUUCCCCUGGACUAGGAGCUUCUCCAUGCAGGAACCCUGGAUCCAAAGGAUGCUCUCUGCUCCUGGCAUUGCUUUCUUGGUGCACUUCUGUGAGAACAGAGCCAUUACACCAGCCUUGGAAGCCAGAGGCAGCUGGAUCCUCAAGGACUGGCAUCUCCAGGGCCCUUGGUCCUACCUCUGUGGAAGAAGAGUGGAAAAUGUUGUUACAUCCCAGCUUCAAUCCUCUGUUUCAGCUGCCCACCACCAACUCUCACCUGCAAACUGUGUUUCAAAUAGCAAACAAGUGCAAAGAAUUCAACCUCAUUGAUCUAUUUUUAAAAAACUAGAGGCUUUUCAAUCCUCACGUGUGUUUAAUUUGUUAUCUAAAAAAAAAAAAAUCUAGCAAGCAAUAAAUAACAAAAUCAAUUCUUCGAUUUUUAUAAUAUUUGCAGUCCUCUAGCUAGGGAACUUGGGUGAUGCAAAUGGUUAAGUGCUCAGCUAUUGACUGAAAGGUUGGCAGUUGGAAUCCACCCACAGGCACCUCGGAAGAAAGGCCUGGAGAUGAUCUACUUCUGAAAGACCACAGCCAGGAAAGCCCUAUAAAGCAGUUCUACUCUGAAGCACAUGGGGUCACCAUAAGUUAGAAUCAGCUUGAAGGCAACUGGUUUGGGUUUUUUUCUUUGUUUAGCUAGGAAACUAGGGUUUGCCCAAGAGAUAUACUUCUGCAAAAUGAUUGACCCUAGGGAAAGACUCAGAACUCAAUAGCAUCUCAGUGGCCUAGUGAUGGUUAUCAGAAUGGUGAAGAUUUCCAAAUGUUGCUUAGCCAGGUGUGCGGAGGCACUUACCACCAUAAGGAAAGAUUUCCAUUGAUUUGGUUCAAAGAAUUGCCCAAGAAGCACACUGGUUCUCAUUUCCUGCCCAUCUCCUUGCGUCUCUCACACCACAACUGAUGACCCAGGCUGGCAUCACCAGGGUUUGGGUUUGAAAUUCCGAGGACUCUGUGAGAGUAAAUGCGUAUCACGAUAGACCUCCAAUGCUUAGUUUUGAUAGAAUGCAUUUGCUGGGAGAUGGAUGGUAGGUGCCCAGUGUGGGUAAAUACCUUUGAAGCUUCUGAGCAGAUGAGAAAGGAUGACCAAUAACUAAUGCAUAAACGCUGCCUGGUGGGAGGCUAAAAAUCCCAUGAUUAUAAAUCCUUUGCUUUUCAACACUGAUUAUCCAUGUUCUCCAUUAGCAAUCCUGUGGCGUUUUAAAGGGCUAUCUUUAAAAUGAAGAAAUAUUUAACUUUAUUGAUCACUAUCCAUAUGCUGUGUUUCUAGGACUGUUUAUUUACUGGUGUUUCUGUAAAAGCAAUAGCAAUCACUUGUUAUUGUAGAAACAGUCCCAGUAGACCCAGCAGGACUUAGUGUGAUGUUGGCAUUUUUGUUGCAUGCCUUCCCAGAAAUACUUGACUUAAUAUUUUUACAAUAGAAAAAAAAAAGCAAUAAAAGCUUUUGAAGCCAUAUGUCCUUUAGAAAAAAAAAAACGCUGGUGGAGAAAUUUUUUCUCACAUGGCAAGAUAUUUCAGUUAAGAUGUUCUAAUGAAGUUAUAUUUAAAGUUUCUGGCUUUUUUUUUACCUCAGUCAAAUAAAGCUGUGUGUUCCAGUGAUGAAAUCAAAGGUCAUCCUUCUGAUGGAGACAGAUCCUGGGGAUUGUCUUAUAUUAGGGUAGCCAUUUUAGCAGUGACGUCCGCUCUGGCAGGUGAUAAUGCUGGUCAAGUCAUGUUCAGAGGGAUGGAAGCAUUCCAAAAUUUAAGUCAUUUUUGCAAAUUCUGUGCUUGCAAUAUGUACCCAGAACAUAUGUACAAAGCACUUUUCAUUAGUUUUUCUGAGCUGUACCAAAUCUUGAUUGCCAACACUCUAUCCCAGUUUUAAAAAUCCUAUAAUAAAUGUUAGCCUAAAGCAUUCACCUGUCAACAGAGUGACAUAUGUGCUGGAGAGCGUCAACAAUCUAGAAUUACUUAAGUUGCCCACCUCCUCCCCCACAAAUUUUCCUCGGUAGAUAGCAUCUCUGCAUGAUGAACUUUCAUUUAUCCGUUUUAUACAAAAUAAAGCCUACAUAAUCUAAAUAUAUUUAGGCGAAUCCUUCAACCUUGUUAUCAUCAUAGUUGCCAAUAAGUUUUGCUCCAAUCAUUUCUCCUGCCAACUGCUCUGGCCAUUCUUCCUUUGGUGCCUGAUUCAGAUGUCACGUCCUCUGAGGCUUCCUUUCCCGUUUUCAAUCGCCCCUCCACCAAUAAAUCUUCCCUAUACUUUGUAUAUACUACUACUGUGCUCAUCAUACUUUGCAACCAUGUGUCAUGUGUCAUUUUCACCAGUUCUGAUGAGAACCCCAUAAGGGCUGUGCCUCAUCCAUUUUGUAUGCCAGCACCUGGCUCAGUGUUUGUCAUCGAAGGAGCCUUAUAUAAAUGUUUAUUGACUCCAAGAAUGUCAGGUGCUGGGCAUUCUGAUAGAAAAGUACAGUUCCAGUUCUCAAGGAGAGUACAAUGUAAAAAAAGUAGUGGCCAUAAAUACUUGGAAUACAAGAAUGUGUGUGACAGGUGACAUUAUCAGUAAAAUGUCUAAGAUGGGCCUUGAAGACUGCUGGCAGACCUUCUAAAUAAUGGGCCUGCAUCAGCAAAGGGAGAAAGCAUGAAGUAUCUUCAAAUCAUCCAGUGGAACUUCAGGUUGACAUUAGGUGGAUGUCAGGAAGCAGACGGAGAUAAGGUCAGAGACCUGGUUGGGAUGGUUGAGGGUCAUAAGCUUCACAUUUUCUUAUUCAACAAUGGAGAACUACUAAAAGUCUCUGAUGCACUAAGAACUGUGCAGAGAAGGUGGAUUUUCACUGUUCUGAGGUUAAAUAUAACUGGAUUGCUGAGAGGAAAGUAGACAAGAAUCUUGACUAAUUGCCAAGUCUCAUCCCCUCAGCUACGGACUGGAGAAUAGUAGAAUGACACCAUCACAGUAAUGUUUUAGAAAGAUGGUUUUGCUAUGGUGCAAGGGAUGAGAUUUGGAUGAGGAGCAGGAGGCAGAAAGACCAAUUGGGAGGCCAGACAUUAUGAGCAUCUGAAGAAAUGCAGUGGAGGUCAAAAGGAAAAGGUAGUCAAGGUGAUUUGUAGCCUGGAUCACUGUGAGAACUCCAUUAAGUAGUCAGGAGGGACCUGGUUUGGUGGGGGAGGAGGACGAGGAGGCAAGAUAACCAGUAGUGUUUCAAAAAGGUGUUAAAUUUGCCAUGCUGGAAACUCAUCUAGCAGGAUAUUUCCAGCAUACCAUUGGAGAUGUGCGAAAGAAUGAGAGGGGGAGGGGACAUUAGGGACAGAGAGAAAUAUGGCAGUUCUUCAGAUAAAGGAGAUGGAUGGUAAGAGCCACACGACCAGGUGAGCCCAUGGCAGUGAGUAGGGACCUAGAUAGUAGGGCCAAAACUUAGGGAAAGGCUUCAUUUAGGGAGCAAAAGGGAAACAGCAAAGAUGGCAUUAGAAACCUAAGAGAACCAGGAACAUACGGUGCUAAGGAAGCCAAGCUGGGGUAGUUUCUAGAGGUGCAGAAAGUUCAAGGACAAUGAGGAUGGGAUCAAACACUUGUGUAUCUCAAAAUCGCUGGUGAUUUUCAGGAGGGCAUUUCCAAUCGAAGAUGGGACAAAAAACUCUAGCAGGGGUUUGCAAACUCGAAUACUUACAAGAAUCUGACAGGUAACAGACGUGGACAGAUGGUCAGAGAACAACUUGGUGACCACAUGGCCCACCCAAAGGGAGCAGCUGUGCCAGCCCAUUGUUACUACAUGGAGAACAUGGCCCAGGGUGGCCAGCCACCUGAUCUUUACGAAGAAGACCUAAAUCUUUAUUUUUAAGUGAAAUUUCCCAAUUUUAAAACACUGCAAGGGUCACAUAAAAUACCAUUUAGCCUGUGUCUAGUAUUUGAGCCACCAGCUCUAGCAACCCUUGCUCUAAGGGCUUGGUUAGAAGGCAGUCAGGAUAGGAGAGUAAUGAAGAGAGGUUAUUCUUUUGAGAUGUCAGGCAGUAAACAGUAACUAGUCUGAUGGGUGCUUUAGGGCUGGGGAGAAGACCAGAGUGUUAACAGGUAUCAAACGGAAGAUUGAAGAUUCUGGGGAAAGAGGUCAAAGAGGAUUGAAGAGGGUGAGUAACAAAUAAAUGUUAAGUGUUAAGAAUGUGUGUCAAGGUAAAUGGGAGAAGAUUAACGUCUGAAUUCAAUGUCAUUAAUGAACUUUAAGUAGAAGCUGUGGUCACCUGCUGAGGACAAGGGAGGCAAAGCCUGGACUGUGGGCUAUGGGAGGGUGAAGAGUAUUUGGAACAGUCCCUAGGGGCAGGAUUCAACAAGUGAUAUAUAAAACAAAUGAAGAUUUGGUUGAAGUUGGUAACACACAUCCAUAGGGAUUUUCCAUUUAAUCAGCACUUUUUAAGUGGCUUCUGCAUUCUGGGCACUGGGCUAAGUCCUGGGGAUUUCCAGUCAAGAGAAGACAGAUGAAAAAACAAGUAACUACCACAAGACUGUAAAUGCUAUAAAAGGGGUAUAAACAGGGCACUACUGAAAAAAAAAACAGAGGAGAAACAUCAUGGAAGCCUUUCUGAGGAGGGGGCAUAUAAGUUUAUGCUUCAAAGAGGAGUUGUACUUUGCUAUGAAGACAGUGGGAGAAGCCAGAAGAGUCAAUAUAUACAAAGCCCUAGAGGUAACAAAGAGCACUCUGAGAAUUUCAGCUAAUUCCAUGUGUUUGAAACAGAAUGCCCUUGGCAAAGUGGGAAGGAAUGAAACUGAAGGGUUGAUAUGAAGAAGUAUGAAUGAUCAUGAAACUUGGACUCGCCCUAUAGGUAAAGAAGAGCUAUAGAAUGAUUCCAAGCACGACAGUGACAGCAUCAGUUUGCAUGUUAGAAAGAGCAUACUGACUAGAAGCAAGAAGAUCAAGAAGGAGGCCAGCUUUGAUGUGUAAUUAUGUACUCAGCCAUAGUGGAUAGAUCUUGAUUGAUCUAAGUUAAUCAUGAAAAUCUUAUUCUAUUUAUCCACUGAUUGAUCUGGGGUUGGGGCUUGCAACCCAGUUCAGGUCAGUAUGAUAUAAAAGGAUGUCUGCAAGGACCUCUGGGAAAGAGUUCUUUGAUAAGAGAAAGAUACUUGAGAAGAAAGCUUCUAUUGUUCCCUUCCUUCCCUCUUUUUCUGGUUGUUGCUCUGUGAAGAUGUAAUGGUUGGAGCUGCAGCAGCCAUCUUAGAACAAUGAGGCAAUAAGCUUAAGGAUGAAAAUCCACAAGUUGAAGAUGGCAGAGUAAAAAAAAGAUCUUGGGCUCUUGGUGACACUUUUUGGUUUCCAAAACCACUUUAGGAUGGCUACUUCUUACCAAGCCAAUAAUGAAUGUCCUUAUGGUUUAAAUUAUUAUUAGUUAGAUUUCCUUUUAACUGCCACACUGACUUAUAUAUGACUCUUACUAUGGAAAGUAUAGGGAGCAAAAGACCUAAACUGCUAGAGGGGCUCACUCGUAUAUAAUACUAUAUCUGUGUUCAAGAAAAAGGAUUCAUAUUCUUGGUUAAUCUUCUGUAUUUCUUACCAGUCUUUGUCCUCUCCUACAUGUCUCACCUGGAUAAGGCCAAGCUGCCCUGCUUAUCUGUAUUCUCUUCUUUGUGGCUUUCUCUGUUUUCUACAAGAGAGAAUUCAUUUCUCUCAUCUAGAGUCCCAGGAUAUUGGUAUUUCUUAUAUUGAAUUGUAUGUAGUUCAUUAUGUUCUCUGCUUCCUUUAGCUUGUGAAACCCCAGAGAUCAGGGGUCUUAUUUUCUUUAUCUUUGUGCCUCAAGUACAAAGUCUGGCAAAUGAUAGAUGCUCAAAGUGUGUUAAAUGGAAUUUUGAGGUAGGGGGCCUGGAUAACACACACUAAGGAGAAUAUUGAUCACAAUUGAUAUUCCAUCAAUUCCUGGAGCCUUGGUUUUCACCAAUGCCUUCAGAGCAGCUUGGACUUCUUCCUUCACUACCUUCGGUUCCUGAUCAUAUGCCCCCUCUUGAAAUGGUUGAAUAUCAAGUAAUUCUUUUUGGUAUAAUGACUCUGUGUAUUCCUUCCAUCUUCUUUUGAUGCUUCCUGUGUAGUUUAAUAUUUUCCCCAUGGAAUCCUUCACUAUUGCAACUCGAGGCUUGAAUUUUUUCUUCAGUUCUUUCAGCUUGAAAAAUGCCGAGCGUGUUCUUCCCUUUUGGUUUUCCAUCUCCAGCUCUUUGCACAUGUCAUUAUAAUACUUUACUUUGUCUUCUCGAGAGGCCCUUUGAAAUCUUCUGUUCAGUUCUUUUACUUCAUCAAUUCUUCCUUUUGCUUUAGCUGCUUGACGCUCAAGAGCAAGUUUCAGAGUCUCCUCUGACAUCCAUCUUGGUCUUUUCUUUCUUUCCAGUGACCUCUUGCUUCCUUCAUGGAUGAUGUCCUUGAUGUCAUUCCACAACUCGUCUGGUCUUCAGUCACUAGUGUUCAAUGCGUCAAAUCUAUUCUUGAGAUGGUCUCUAAAUUCAGGUGGGAUACACUCAAGGUCAUAUUUUGGCUCUUGUGGACUUGCUUUGAUUUUCUUCAGAUUCAGCUUGAACUUGCAUAUGAGCAAUUGAUGGUCUGUUCCACAGUCGGCCCUGGCCUUGUUCUGACUAAUGAUAUUGAGCUUUUCCAUCGUCUCUUUCCACAGAUGUAGUCAAUUUGAUUUCUGUGUGUUCCAUCUGGUGAGGUCCAUGUGUGUAGUCGCCGUUUAUGUUGGUGAAAGAAGGUAUUUGCAAUGAAGAAUAUCAAUUGAGAUGUUCCAACAAACAGAUGCAUUGCUGGAGGUACUCACUUGUCUAUGCCAAGAAAUAUGGAAGACAACUUCCUGGCCAACUGACUGGAAAAAAAAAAAAAAAAAAAACCAC